CCCCGAUCCAACAGCUUCAACGGCGCAACACAACACCGCGAUAACAGCUUUCGACACGGCAUACCAUCGCUGGGCUACUCGGCCUGAAUACCCGGAUACAAGUUUUUCUGUAAUUCAUCUCCUGUACCUCUUCCUCUCGUCACAGUCGACCAUGGCAACCCCAGCAUCAAGCGGACUCAAGUUCAUGAGCAAUGCGCUCGCGACCCCCGAACAAUUGUCCAACUCGUCCUCCUCCAUCGACGGGGUCGCCCCCGACCUCGAGGCCUCAAUCCGCUUCGCCGGGGCCCUCCUCACGCAAGCAGCGGGGGUGUACCUCCGGCUAUCGCAGGACAUCAUCGCCCAGGCCAUUGUCACAUUCACGCGGUUCUGGAUCGGAUCCGAAGGAGGGAGUCUCCGGAUAUACAACGUGAAGGACGUCUCCGCCGCCGCCCUCUACCUCACAGCCAAACUCAGCUUCCAGCCGACCUCCCCGCGCUCGAUCCUCAACGUCUACGGCUUCCUCGUGUCCAAAGAAGCGUCCCCGCUGUGGUGCACGAACCCGAGCCCCAUCACCGAAAAACCACCGAACCCGGAGACCUACGUGCUCACGGAGGGACAAUACCAGGCGCAGCGGCUGGGGCUGAUGCGCAUGGAGGCGCUCAUCCUGCGGACGCUGGGGUUCAACACGCACGUCGCGCUGCCGCACACGGUCUCUCUGACGUAUCUGCAGACGCUCGGCGUGACGGCGCCGGCGGUGGCCCGGCGGGUGUUCGCGCACCUGAACGCGGCGCUCAUGUCGCCGCAGCUGCUGUACGUGACACACCAGCCCAAUGCGCUGGCGGUGGCGGCGAUCUACCUGGCGGCGCGGGAGGAAGGCGUCAAGCUGGUGAAUAGUGAGUGGUGGGAGGUGUUUGAUGUGGACCGCGAGGAGCUGGGGUUCCUGGUGGUGGCGAUGCGGAGUAUGGAGGGGUUUGCGACGGCGGAGUUGGAGAAGUGGAAGGGGAGGGCGGUGCCGAUGACGGUCGAGGAGGUCGAGGCGGAGAUCGAGCGGAGGCGGGCGGAGGGGGAGUGAAUUGAGGGGGCGAGCAGCGUGGUUUGAAGCUAGCAGUUUCUUCGAAGACUGAGAAAGAUACAGCUUGCUACUGGCUGACUUGGGGACUCGAGCCGAUUGCUGGAGAUCGGCGGAUAGCGGUCCAGCGUCCAAGCUCCAGGUCCGGGUCCGGGUUGCAAAGAACAAGAGUCCCCCGAGGGUCCUCACCUGGCCGGCUGGCGGCUGGGGAGAAGCCCUGCUAUCCGGCUGGGACCUAUUCGUGUCGCCGUAGCGGCGCUGCGAACCCGGGAGGUGGCGCUCUUGGGUCGGGGACGCACCAGCCUGAGAGGCAAUCGGACCUAGGACAGUAUUGUGUGAGUAGUGUAUG